UGUCUCCUGAAUUGCGCGGCGGCAGCCUCGCGCAGUUCGGUUCAAGAAUCGUUAUUUUUAGCGCCUGGUUCGUGUUGCAGUGUCGGGGUCGCGAGAAGAAGCUUUCUUCCCCAUCUCCGUGCCACAGUUUGAGAGCGGGACUCGCGGGGAGCACGGGAGGGCUGCGCAACGCACUGACUGCGCGGGGAGUUGCGGUUAGACUGUAGAAAGCGAGGGACGCGGAUAACGGACUGACACACAUCUUAUCACAUAUCACGUAUCAUAUCACCGUCCGACACACUCUCGGGUCCACGUUAAACCGCCUGCCCGGAGAUGGCUAGCCCCGCAGCAGGUCGAGAUGUCCCGAAUGCCCCGCCGCGGGACGAGCCGGAACGGUUGGAGCCGAGCCGUCCCGAACCAGCCUGUCAGGAGGCACAGAAAUGGAUAGAGGCUGUAACAGGGAAGAGCUUUGGAGACAAGGACUUCCGCCGUGCACUGGAGAACGGCAUCCUGUUAUGCGAGCUGCUGAGUGCAAUCAAGCCAGGGCUGGUCAAGAAGAUCAACAGGCUACCCACCCCCAUCGCCGGGCUGGACAACCUGUCAGUCUUCCUGCGGGGCUGUGAGGAGUUGGGCCUGAAGGGCUCCCAGCUGUUUGACCCCGGAGACUUGCAAGACACAUCCAUACGAGCUAACCUCAAGGACUCUGACUGCAACCGCAAACUAAAAAAUGUGCUGAACACAGUGUUCUGGCUGGGUAAGGCUGCCAGCGGCUGUGCCUCCUACAGCGGCCCUACUCUCAACCUCAAGGAGUUUGAAGGGCUUCUUGCUCAAAUGAAGAUGGAGAGUGAGGAAGGAGGGGAUAGUCCACACAAGCGCAGCGUUCGAGACAGUGGCUAUGACUGCUGGGACUCUGAGAGGAGUGAGUCUCUCUCUCCACCCCGACACACUCGCGACAACUCCCUAGACAGUCUGGACUCCUUUGGCUCCCGCUCACAGCAUAGCCCUUCUCCCGAUGUGGUGAAUCGAGGCAACAGUGACGGGCGAGGCAGCGACUCGGAGGCUGAUGCCUCCAGCAGGAAGCCAGAUGUGCGGAAGGAUGACAUGCUGGCCAGACGGACUGCCAGCAGUGAUUCAAGAAGCUCCAUUCCCUUUAACCAGUUUCUUCCAAACCGAACCAAUGCCAGUUCCUAUAUCCCGACUCCACGGCGAAAACCACAUACAGAGGAGGGAGAGCAGCGGAGUCACCCUGAAGCCACUCCAGAGCAGGGCAAAAGAACUGGACCACAUCACAAAACUCCUAAGACUGUCACUUGGGCAGCUGAGAAGAACGGGGAAAAACUUAAACAGGAAGAGGAUAAAGUGACCCAGGAAGUGCUGGAUCAGAGGAAGCUGCAGAAGUUGGAGAAGGCAGGGAUUAAAGUUCUGCCUGCUGCCGUUCGCUACAGCAGCCAGGUAGAUGGAGCUGACCUCAAUCCAACUACACCUCCCUCUGCUGAUCUGUCACCCUGGACCACUGAAACCCCUCCCACUCCUGCUGAGCUGGAUGCACGUCUGGCUCAGUAUGAACGCAGAAUAGAGGAAGAGGAUGAGGAGGAAGAGGACAGGAUCCCAGAUCUCCAGAAAGACGACAUGAUGGCGAGGAGGACAGGAAUUUUCCAUAAACAAAGCACUGCCCCAGUGAUUUACAACCGUUUCCUGCCUCUGCCCAACGCCAAACGCAGCACACAAGGGGAGGUCACCACUGAUGCUGCUCCACAGAACAAAGGGGAAGUGCAGGGAGACAGGAGCAAGAAACUGAACGCCAGGAGUUUCUCUCAUAGAGUGGAGCAACAGCAACUACAAGUUCCCAUGGAAACACCUCAACCGCGCCCUGACUCCACUGUGAGCCGAGCAAUGUCUCACAGCGAACGUGAAUAUGAUGAUGAUGAGGACGAGUAUGAUGAAAAUGAGCCCUUGCCUGACCUGGAGAAGGAUGAUAUGAUGGCUCGGAGGACCGGAUCAUUCCAAAAACCGAGUGCAGCCAGAACAAAUCAGCCCAUCAACCAGUUCCUGCCAGUACCUGGAUCAGUUAAAUAUAACAUCGCCCCGGUGUCUGCAAUGAAGCCACUACACAGCAGACCCAAAUUCACUGAGAAGAUGGCUAGUGAAAGCAGCAUCUUGGCAGCAGAACCUCAGGCCCGGUCCUCCAUAACUUCAACCCUCUCCAAGUGUGGGGGGCUGACGGAGAGGCAAGAGGAGGAUGGAAAGCAAGAGGGAGCCAUGACAAUCCCUAACACGUCUGUCACAGGUGUGACUGAGCCCCUCUCCUCUCCAUCACUUACCCCUCCGCCCAGUCCUGCUGCUGCCCAGACUUGUAAAGUGGAGGCAGAGCUGGAAAAGCAAAGUGUGGAGGAAAGAGUUGAGGAAAAGGUGGAGAAGGGAAAGAGGGAUGUGAAUGAGGAAGAACCACAAAAUAAACCGUUCUGGCUGGAUGAUGACGAUCUACCUCCCAUGAUGAGUGUGAGCUUGGGUGACAUGCUUAACGAGGAAGAGGUAGGAUACUUACCGCCGCUGAGCCAAUCACGAUAUGAGCGCAUGCAAGAGCAGUACAACAACUUCUUGGAAGAUGAGGACCACUGGCAAAACGACUUGGUUCGCUGGAAGAAUCGCCGUCGCAGUGCGUCUCAAGAACUGAUCAAGAAAGAGGAAGAGAGGAAGAGGAUGGAGAAAAGGAUGAAGGAGGAGGGAUAUGACAGCAACAAGAGGAAAAGCAUCAAGACCUACAAAGAGAUCGUGGAGGAGAAAGAGCGCAGAGAGGCAGAGUUGUGUCAAGCCUACAGGAAUGCAGCGACUCCAGAAGAGGCCGCCAUAGUUUUACAGCGUUACGCUCUUCGCUUUACCAUCAGUGACGCAACACUGGACAGCCUAAAACUCCCCAGAUCCACUUCAAAACCCAAACAGGACCUAAAUCAGGUGGACAAGGAGCACAAAACUGCAUCAGCUAUUAAUGAGUCUGAAACAUCAGAACCUCUGCACAAACCAGAACCAGCUGUUACAAUGGACCAGAGCCACACAGAACCUGAAGAGAUACACACAGAUACAACUACUCAACAAGAGACAUCAAUUUCUCUCUCCUCUAGCUCCCCAAAACCUGGCAGUCCCCUCGCCCCGGCAACAGACUCAGAAUAUGUGCCACCUCAGUCACUACAACUCCAGGAACCUCAGUCCAAACCGACAGAGUCUCUAACCACACAUCAAGAACAACUGAUGACAGGGGAUGCAAAGCCUCAAACCAAACACACUCCGCCUCAGAUUGCACAAGUGCAGCCUCACACCACGCAGCCUGUACACACACUCCCUUCUCCUCCAUCUGUAUCCCCCAGAGCCGUCCCCCUUCUGGCAGCAAAGCCUUACUGCCAGCCCAGGAACACACAGUCUGGACACAAACUUGUCAAGAUGGACGGGUUGGUGAGAGUGAACGGAGAGGCAACAGAGGAUUUAUCUGUUUCCGCUCCACUUAUGUCUGCUCGGCACUCACCACAGGAGAUCAAAGACUUUCCCCUCACACAGAUGGAGAAAGAUAUUCCCUCCGAGCGGACUGCGACCAAUCAAGAGGCAGCGGAGCAGGCGCCACCUCCACAGACAGAAAAAUGUACCACAUCUUCAGGCUCUGCCAUCAGCUCCCUGAUUGGAGGCAGAAACUGUAUCAUCAAGACAACCAUUGUGACAGAACUCACACAGACUCAUGUGGAGCCACAUCACCCGGAUAUCCAAAGCAAUGGCCAGGUCAAUGGUACUAUGGGAUUAUCUGGGAGACCAGUGGAGGAAAAAAAGUCUCAGCCAGCUACAUCACCAAACAGCAUGCAAGAAUAUUCUCCCACUAUCACAGAGGGACUUGAGGAGAGCAGUGUGACUAUUGAGACCCCCAUGUUGAACUUGGCUAAACGUGUUAAUCACUGGGUCUGGGACCCCAAUGAGGAGCGUAAACGCCUGGAAAUGUGGCAACAGGAGCAGGAGCGCCUCCUACAGGAGCAAUACCAGAGAGAACAGGAGAAGCUGAAGAAGGAGUGGGAGAAAGCACAGCUAGAGGUGCAGGAGGAGGAGAGAAAACACAAUGAAGAGGAAAGAAGGAUUCUAGAGGAGACUGUAAUGCCCCUCAAUCCCACCAGUUUGUUAAACCAGCAGCCGAACCAGACAGGGACAACAUCACCAGCUCCAGACAACAAAGAGACAGAGGGAGGAGACAUUGCUCCCCAGCAAAACAGCCAAAGAAUCUCCACCUUGACGGAGGAUCAGCAUGCUUCGAAGCUGCAUUUCUUCCACGAUUCUGCAUGUGAUGGUGAACCUUCAAAGAAACAGGAACUGCUGAAGACGGCCUCACUGGACCGCAACCCUCAGCUGAACCAGACACAUGUUGUUAAAAGAUCUGAAUCACAUGACGCGGUAACAAGCAAACACCAGUCCUCCCCUUCAUCCCCUCAGCCUCCCUCACCCAGCAGGUGUGUUAGUGGGAAGAGACUAUGUUCUGGUUGUUCUCAACCACUUGGAAAAGGAGCUGCCAUGAUCAUCGAUACACUGGGACUGUUUUUCCACAUACAGUGUUUCAAGUGUGGAUUGUGUAAUAGCCAGCUGGGUGACGCUACUGCAGGGACUGACGUACGGAUUCGUAAUGGACAGCUGAGCUGUCACGAGUGCUAUAUUGCAUCUCGGGGCAGAGGUCAGCCCACAACACUAUGAAGACCUGAAUUCGAACUGGAACUUCCACUGUCAGCGUCAGCGAUUUGGUGGAGAAGAAUUCAAAACCUUGAAUCACAUUCUGGAAAGCCCUGGAAAAUUCUCAGAAUGUCAUCUGAGUUUUGGAAUCACUGGUUUUUUCCUGAAAUGCACAAACAGCUUUAUGGAUGUUACUGAACGCAAAACUGGACUGAGUGACACAACAACACAUAGUACAGUGUGUGCUUCUUAAACACAUGUAUACCUUGCUUUUAAUACGUGUAGCAUGGACGUAAUCAAGAAAUCAGUGUGUCUAAGCCUUUGCACAAACGUACCUAACACAGUCAAGACACUAAAAUAAGGAUCUGUUCUGUCACAAGCUUAACGUGUAACGCUAAAAGCUGAACGCUACUGUCUCAAACACAUCAAAAUCUCCAUUCAUUAACCACCGCUUCUGCACUGAUCAUGUGACUCCACUCUCUGAGUGUGACGUAAAGUGGUUUGGGUUGGAUAACCUGAAGUAGCUUGACCAUUAUAAUGCCUUACUCGUCAUCAUACCUUCUUGUUCAUUUUGGGUUUUGUGUUUACAGUUCUGCAUGAAAGAAGAACAUAUAUAAGUUAUUGUGAGUAUUGCCCAGAUGGAGUAGUGUGACUUUGAUGUAGGUUGUUAUCUUCUCAACAGCUGAACUUUAACUUUCCUCUUGUAUGUAGUAACAUCGUCAUCAUAUUUUGGAAUUUUUUGGGAAUCUGGCUAACUUACAUAAGCCUUUUCUUUAUAAUCAUUCAUUUUACAGGAAUGAGAAUGCAUGUUAUUAAUAAUACUUGUUCUUUGAAUUUUAACUACUUUCCCUUUAAGAUGUUUUAGCCAUUGUUUAUUCCCAUAGACUGACUGCAUCUGAUUCAGUGCCUUAUGUAACGAAUGCGAGGGCGAGUGGAUGUGCAGGAGUAUUUCAAACUCACAUGGACCUCUGGGUCUUGGCACAUUGUGUAUGUGUGUGUGUGGGGGGUGUGUGUGUAUGAAAUUAUGCAUGCAUGUAUGUAUGCAAUGUGUGAUUUGACUUGAAGCACAGUUCCAUACCAGCAAAAAAAAACAUUUUAAAUGGAUCAGCCUUUCCUUACCACCUGCUCUUCCACCCCUUCCCAUGAGCUAAACCAAUGACACAAAGUGAUUUGCUGCUUCUCUGUUAAUUAUUCCUCCAUAUUGUGACACACUCAAAAUGUCCUACAGUGUCUCCUCAUCUGCCUCUAUCAAGUGUUGCCUCCCCAGAGUCUGAGCUGAACCUCUCUGUCCUCGUGUGUCAUUGCCUCGUUCUGGACACCUAACAGUGUCUCCAUCACUUAGAGGAAUAGAGUGUUCAGUUCAUUGUCUUUUUUAGCAAGUGUAUGUUUAUCAAUAAAAUAUUUUAAAUGGGA